CCUGAGUAUGAUAGCAGAGGCUGACCUCGGCUGUUUCUGGCUUCAGUCGUUCAUGUCCGGAAUCUCCUACAGGAUAACGGAACCAGCAUCCAUUUUCAUGGGAUCCGGCAGAACUACACCACUGAGAUGGACGGUGUUGCGUCCGUCACUCAGUGCCCCACGCCCCCUGGCGACUCUAUGACCUACACGUUCAAGGCGACACAGUACGGGUCUUCGUGGUACCACAGCCACUUCCAGCUACAGGCAUGGAACGGCGUGUUUGGCGGCAUAAUAAUCAACGGGCCAGCGUCGGCGCCCUACGACGAGGACCUGGGGACCCUGAUACUCAACGACUGGUUCCACGAGACGGCCGACCAGCUCUACGCGCGGGCCUCGACCCGGGGCCCCCCUACGGCCGCCAACGGGCUCAUCAAUGGCACAAACGUCUUUGGCGACGGCGGCCGCCGGUUCGAGGCCGAGUUCGCGCCGGGCCGGCGGUACCGCGUCCGCGUCGUCAACGCCGCCAUGGACACCAUGUUCCGCUUCGCCCUCGACGGCCACAACCUGACCGUCAUCGCCGCCGACCUGGUGCCCAUCGUGCCCUACGAGACGGCGUCCGUCAACGUCGGCAUCGGGCAGCGCUACGACCUUGUAAUUGCUGCGGCGGCGGCCGACGUCCCCGCCGACGACGCCGCAGCAGCAGCGUACUGGCUGCGCGCCGUGCCCUCGGCCAGCUGUGGUAGCCGCCACGCGGACCUCAUGAACAUCAAGGGCGUCGUGCGCUACCGCGGGGCGGCAUCGGCGUCGGCAUCGGCGUCGGCGGAAGGGAGCCCGACCACGUCGAUGCUGCCGUACGAGGAUAGCUGCGCCGACGAGCCCGCGGCGAGCCUCGUGCCCGUCGUCCCCCUCGACGUCGGCGAGGCCAGCCGGCAGGACCCCUUUGUGGUGGGCCUGCAGGUGGUGGACGGCUGGUUCAAGUGGACGCUGAACAAGAACACGUUCCUCUCCGAUUGGGGAUAUCCCAGUCUUUUGCAGGCCAUCUCGGGCAACCAGACCUGGCAACCCAACCAGCAAGUCGUGACCCUGGAGGGGGCGAAUCAAUGGGUGUAUUUUGUUAUCGAGAAUACUGGCUUCGACCACCCCAUCCACCUCCACGGCCACGACGUGCACAUCCUCUCGAGGGCAAGGGGCAGACACUCCCCCAACACCACCCUGCAGCUCAAAAACCCGCCUCGGCGCGACGUCGUGAUGCUGCCUGCCCACGGCCACCUGGUGUUGGCCUUCAAGACGGAUAACCCAGGAGUCUGGCUGAUGCACUGCCACAUAGGUUGGCAUACCGGUCAAGGCUUUGCGCUGCAGCUGGUCGAGCGUGCAGCCGAGAUCCCGUACAGCAAGUCGGUCCUCAGCGACAGCUGUGCGACCUGGAGCUCGUACGCCACCGACUUCAACAUCCUGCAAGACGAUUCCGGAAUCUGACGGGCUUGGAUGUGUGCUUCUCUGCAUCUUGUCGAGCCAUUUGAUAUUCACUUCUCCCUCUGCACCAUUCGCUCUUUCUUUGUCUCCCUGAUGCCCCCUUCACGAUAAUACUCAUACCCCUUGUUUUCUAACGCGAUUUCAGCUGUUAAGGUUUUCUUGAGCGAAGGGGUUAGAGGCGCCGAUAUCGCGAGUGGCAACAUUUAAAGUGGCGAUCCGUUCUUGUUGGGGAGUUGUCGAUGAGUUCGUCCGUCUCCGCGUUCCGAAAACAUGGCGCUGUCUAAUAAUCGAGGUAGUUUUCUGUAGCAUUUUGGUCGUCUGCUGGGCGCUCUUUUAUAUUUCCAUCCGCUGGGGCCCCCAAUAUCACUCCCCUCGGCCCUUGGCGUCCAGCUUCAGGGCUAUAUUUCCUCCUCGUCG